UUUUCGCCGCACUAUAGCAAAAUCAAAAGCAGAAAACACAAGGGCCAGAGCAAAAAUUGUGAAAAUUUUUGUUGAAAUUUUAUUUUUUGGCCUAUAAACAUAACAAAUAAUAUUGUGCUGUGUACUUUGCAUUUGUUUUAAUCAAUGAUCCUAAUGUUUGCAAAAUGAAACUAACAAUUAAAUCGUGGACUGGAGUAGCAACUUGGCGAUGGAUCGCAAAUGAUGAAAAUUGCGGCAUCUGUCGAAUGUCAUUCGAGAGUACCUGUCCGGAGUGUUCGCUACCUGGUGACGAUUGUCCUUUAGUGUGGGGCGUGUGCUCUCAUUGUUUUCAUAUGCACUGCAUUGUAAAGUGGUUGAAUUUGCAAACUAUGAAUAAGCAGUGCCCUAUGUGCCGACAAAGCUGGAAGUUUAAUAUACAUUAAGAACGCCGGACGUUGGCUUGCAACAAAAAUUUCGUAAAAGUCAUAAAUGAAUACUGAAUGCGAGUUAAACGCGCAAAUUUAAUAACAAUAAAUUUAUAUAGAUAUUUAAAAUUUAAACGGCAUAUGAGAUUAGCAAGGGAACGUUCACGAGAGCGUGAAAUGGAUAGCGAAUUGAAUAAAUUAUCUUUACC